AUGCCCGAUAGUGUCGAGGUGCGCGAAGCUGACAAUGGAGCCUCGCUCCAACGCGUUUCGAUACGAUGUCCGGCCUUCAAUGCCGAACGUCCAGCGUUAUGGUUCGCCCAGCUCGAUGGACGGUUUCAUCUAUCCGGGAUGAACGAUGAAGUAACGAGGUAUUACUAUGCCUCGUCUCAUCUCAAUCCCAAGGCCGCUGCUGAGAUGCAGGAUAUCCUCCUAAAUGUGCCUGCCGAGACACCGUACACACGUCUCAAGGAGGCGCUCGUCGAACGCCUCACGCUCUCCCGGGACGCACGACUCCAGCAGCUGCUCGACCGAGAGGUAUUGGGUGACAGAAAGCCCUCGCAAUUCCUGCGUCAUCUCAGGAGUCUCGACGAUACGGUUCCUGAUAACAUUUUACGCACCAUGUGGCUCAGCCGACUGCCGAUGACGACGCAGUCCAUCCUGGCACCACAAGCGGACAUGGCUCUCGACAGGCUUGCAACACUCGUCGACAAACUGCACGAGAUCGCAUUGCCGGUAGCCCACAUCAAUGACGUCCAGGAGCCAACGUCCUCAGUCCUCGAGACACGCUCUUCUCGUCUCGAAGCCACAAUCUGCGAGCUGGCAUUGAUCCUAAAAGGGCAAAGCGUCGCACGUUCUCGCUCCCGCUCUCGAUCGCGUUCUCGAGCAACCUCGCCAGCACCCGACAACAACCAGUGCUGGUAUCAUGGAAGAUACCACGACAGGGCUAGACGUCGCAAAGCACCUUGCGGAUCGUUAGCGGCGGUNCCUCGAGACACGCUCUUCUCGUCUCGAAGCCACAAUCUGCGAGCUGGCAUUGAUCCUAAAAGGGCAAAGCGUCGCACGUUCUCGCUCCCGCUCUCGAUCGCGUUCUCGAGCAACCUCGCCAGCACCCGACAACAACCAGUGCUGGUAUCAUGGAAGAUACCACGACAGGGCUAG